UGUCCUCGCCCUGCUGCGCACCCCAGGGUGCCCCGUCCGCUGUGCCCCUGCACCCCGGGAGCUGUGCAAGCCCCGGCGUGUUAGAGGGGACGGGAGGAGAAGCGGUGCAGCUCUUCGGAAAGUUGCGUUUGGGGAAGAGGAUCCAAGGUGCUGGUGUCUUGCCCUGCCUGGAACCUGAGGUCCCGUGUGCCCAUCCGCCUCCCGACGUCACCAAUGCGACCAUGGGAACUGGCAGUGAAUAGGCGGCCGCCCUCUGCCCCUUUUGCCCAGCGCCGUUUCUCGGGGGGACCCUGCAGCAGCCCCGACCACCUCCGGCGAAGCCCCCCUGCCAGGCGUCAGUGGGGACGACGCGACAGACCUCUGGCAACCCUGCUGGGCCAGGAUGAGCCCCAGCUGCACCCUGCCUUCCCCCAGCAGCCGCACAUCCCUGUAGAUGAGCCCCGUGCCUACGCUCUUCCCAGCACGCCGCCACGAAUGCUUCACCCAGCUGCUCACCCGCCCCACCAGAACCCAUUCAUGGUGGAUCUGCAUGACCAGGUGCACCAGGGACCUGUCCCUCUCUCCUACACGGUUACCACCGUCACGACGCAAGGCUUCCCCAUCCACGCUGGCCAGCACAUCCCUGGGUGCAGCACCCAGCAGCUCCCAGCAUGCUCAGUGAUGUUCAGUGGACAGCACUACCCGCUCUGCUGCCUCCCACCCCCGCUGAUUCAGGCAUGUGCCAUGCAACAGCUUCCCGUCUCCUACCAGACAUUCCCCCCCAUCAUCUCCAGCGACCAUUACAUCCUGCACCCGCCCCCGCCGCCAGUGCCCCCUCACCAGCCGCCCCACAUGGCCCCCCUGGGGCAGUUUGUACCUCUCCAAGCCCAGCAUCCACGCAUGCCUCUGCAGAGGAUAGACAAUGAUGUGGACCUACGUGGGGAGCAGCACCCUAUCGCAGGCUUCACAUACCCCCCGUCUCACCACGCCCCCACGCUGUCGCCCUCCAUGCCGCUGCAUUACCUCCCUCACGACCCGCUGCACCAAGAACUGCCAUUUGGUGUGCCAUACCCCCACAUGAUGCCCCGGCGGCUGAACGCUCAGCGGUACCGGCUGCAACAGGCGCUGCCCCCACCGCCACCCCCUCCACCGCCGCCUCCGUACUAUCCGAGCUUCCUGCCCUAUUUCCUCUCUAUGCUUCCUGUGUCACCGACGGCCGUGGGGCCCACGAUCAGCCUAGACCUGGAUGUGGAUGAUGUGGAGAUGGAGAAUUACGAGGCACUGCUGAACUUGGCCGAGCGGCUGGGGGAGGCCAAGCCACGGGGACUCACCAAAGCAGACAUCGAACACCUCCCGUCCUACCGCUUCAACCCUGAGAGCCACCAGUCCGAGCAGACCCUGUGCGUUGUGUGCUUCAGUGACUUCGAGGCCCGGCAGCUUCUCCGCGUCCUGCCCUGCAACCACGAGUUCCACGCCAAGUGUGUCGACAAAUGGUUAAAGGCGAACCGCACGUGCCCGAUCUGCCGGGCGGACGCGUCGGAGGUGCAGCGGGAGGCGGACUGAAGCUGGCGGGCGCUGUGCCGCACAAUUCGCUAGAGGACGAGGUCGCCGGGCCGGGGCGAGGGCCGCUGCCCGCUGCUGGGGCCUGACCCUGCGCUUACCCCCCUCCCCAAAGCCUCUCCUCGGAUGUGGUGAGCAUUGAGCAGUCCGGGCUCCCGGCCAGCCCUCCUCCUCCCCGCCGGGGCACGGACUUGGCCGGACGCCUGCCCGCUGCGCUCCCAGGGCCCCGAAUCGUGUUGUGCUGGAGGCGGGAGGCGCGUGGCCGUGCCCUCCGCGCUCCAAAGACGCUGUUGUUGCUCCAUCACUUUUCCAGGUCUUUGUACUCCGCUAGGGAAUUAGUGGUUUUUCCCUUUGUCACUUUUUUUUUUUUUUUUUUUUUUUUAAUUUUUACAAUAGGUUUUUUUUUCCUGUUUCCAUUUCCGUCACAAUUUUGGUUCUGUGGCCGUAUGCCCCAGGGGUGCGCAGGCGGCUCCUCCCCUCAACGUUGCUCGAGGAGGACACGGGGAGGAGAGAGGAGGGAGCGCUGUGGGUUUGAUGC